AGAACCACAGAGCAGCAGCAAGCACCCAAGUGAGAAGUACGAGAAGCUGCUUGAGCUAGCCAGCCAUGGAGCUCCUGCCUUCCAUAGCCGUCUUCCUACUCCUCUCCUGCUCCCUCGCCGCAGCCAUGGUGCCGGCCGGCACGAUCGAGCGCGUGUCCAAGCAGCAGAUCCUGGCUAGCAUCCCGCCGGGCGGGCAUGCCGGCCCGCCCGUUCUGUUCCUCACGUCUCCGUCCGGCAAGUACGCGGCUUACUUCGUGCGCACCCACACCGCGCCGGGCGCCGGCGGGCUCGGCGCUGACUUUUGCUACGUCGAGGUGAUGGCCGGUGGCGGCAAAGCGGCCGAGGGCGGUGAAGGAGGCGGCGCUGCCGGGGGCGCGAGCGCAUGGGAGUCGGAGUGCCGGCCGGUGAGCACGGUGAACACGUGCACCCUGCUCUUCUCGUGGCACGGGCUGGAGGUGUUCGACGGCAGCGAGGAGGUGUGGCACGGCGAGACCAACACCGACGGGACCAACUUCCUGCAGACGCUCGAGCUCGUGGACGACGGCGACAUGCGCGUCCGCGACAAGGACGGUGAGCUCGCGUGGCGGGCCAGCGACGAGCCGCGCCACGCGCAGCACUGCGGCGCGCCGGGGUCACCGGGCCUUGCGGCCGCGCUGCCGUCCUUCGCCGAGCCCAUCGGCGCGCACAGCAGCAACCUGCCCUUCGGCCAGGUGCAGGGCGGCAACGGCCACGCGGCGGAGCUGCCGCAGGCGGCGGAGCUCGGGGACGGAGUUGUUCCAGGGGCCGGAACAGGUGGCUUGGGUGACGGCUACGGCAUUGCACCGGCGGCAGGAGGAGUCGGAGCUGUUGCCCCAGGGGCAGGUGGUUUGGGCGACGGCUACGGCAUUGCACCGGCGGUAGGAGGCGCCGGAGGAGUUGGCCCGGGGGCAGGUGGCUUGGGCGACGGCUACGGCAUUGCGCCAACGGUAGGAGGUGUUGCCGCGGGGGCAGGGCCCUUCGGCGACGGCUACGGGAUCGCACCGGGCGCCGGCGCAGGAGCCUUCGGUGGUGUCGGGGACGUUGCAGGACAUGGUGAAGCGGCGACGGCGGCCGGCGGUGUCGCGGGAGUGGCAGGGUUCGGCAGCCAGCCGCUGGUGGACAACAGCCCCUACGACAGUGGAGCCUACAAGAGCAGCCGUGGGGCCGCCCAUCUCGUGGCCAUUGGAGCUGCGGUGCUUGUCAGCGCCAUGGCCGUGGGGUUCUGAACUUCUGAUCGGGAAGACGGAUUAGUGUGGCAGUUUGGAUAUGCGCGCGUGCGUUUUUCUUUUCAUGUGUUGAUAUUAGCCAUAUGCUGUGCUUGUAAUUGUGGGUGGUGCAAAAUUUGAAGCUGUAUUUGUGUGAUUUGAGUAAAACUCAAAAUUUAAUGGAAA